AUGAAAGUCUUCGAUGAUAUAGCUAUCCAUUGUCGUUUAGAGCAGUCGUUUGGCUUGAAGAAGCCUGGAACCGCAAUGCGCACCCGCUUCACAAACUUGGUUAAUCAGUACAAGGCAGACCAGUGCCAGUCGAUGCGAAAGUCAGGGACUACUGAGGAAUACGCCGAGCGGGAAGUGCUGCUUCAGAAUAUCGUCACGCUGAUGAACGACUGGGAAGAUAAGGAGGCGCAGCGCAAAGAGGAACAAACGGCAAAGCAACGAGGUAUAGAACGCUCCGGUGAGCUUUUGCCUACGGACGCAGCAACUUCCAGCGGCCGGAAGAACAAAAUUACUAAACGAGAGCUUGAUGUAGUAUCUAACGGGAUAACUAGUGCUCUUUUGGAAGCAAGCGAGGACGAGAAGGCGAAGUACCAGUACAAGAUGCAGCGCCUUCAGUUUGAACGGGAACAGGAGGACCAAAAGCGAGUUCACGAUGCAGCAGAAGCUGAAAAGCGCCGAGCUCAUGAACUUCAGCUCGAAGACCGCCGUCUUCAGUCUGACGCAGCUCGUGAUAAACGGAUGCAAGAGUUUAUAUUGAAAGUACUCGAGCAGCAAAAGCAAUGA